UUUCCUAACUGAAAACAAUGGCGGCAGUCGUAUGACGCGUCUCGAACCGGCACACCGUACGUUGCACCGCCGUCCGCUUUACGCACAAGCGAUUUGUUGAUUUUCAUCGCGAAUCCGAUCGAAUAUUCGUCCUGCGAUUUGUAUCUAUUUGAAUUUUUUGCUCCCGGUGCGUAUACCGACGGUGUGGACGUUACGGUUUUUUCGUGACAAUCGCAAUAUUACAAUUAUGACUGUUUAUCGGUGGCGAUACCGACGACAACCCGUACAGACACCUUAGAUCGGUUAGGGUUCGAUCUCUGUGACUAAAGUGUUUAGUGUUUGUGAGUGUGUGUUUGAUACUCUGUGAUCAAUUUUCGACUCGUUAUUGCCAUCAUAGCCAUUUAGGACCGGUCACAAUGUACGUCGACCUGACGUGAACACGGACCCAAUCAUUGACGACCGUCCACUGGACCACUUCUAAUAUUGAUGAUGAUGCAAAUGUGAGUAGCUGAUCAAAUUCAUUCUACUAAACUGGCGAGCUACCAUCUGAAUUGCGGUCCUGAAGGAUUGGACCAAGGUGCAUUGUUAGGGGGCGGCUGUGGUGUGUUGCAGCAACAAUCCGCCGCCCCCGGCAUGGCCGAUGUCGUUGUCCAUAAGCGACAAGCGGUUAUUGACAGACUAAAGAGACGAAUGGAAGGGUACAGGAGGCAUAACCAAGACUGCGUUCCGCGCUAUAGCAACGCAUUCGCAGAACAGCAAAAUGUACAAGAAACAUUAAUGCUCAAACAAAAAUACAUGGAAACAAAGACCAAAAGAAAUGUUAAAAAGAAUGACAAAAAACCAAUGGAAAAUGGAAAUGCUAUGCCGAAAUUCGGCACCAAGAGACCAUCCAGUGAAGACAUGGAUGGGUCGGACGGCGUAUACCACGAUGGUAUGCCGGCACCGCCCAAGUGCGUACCCAUCCCGCCGUGCGGUAACAAUGGUGUCGGCGGCGGUCCUCAGCAGCAGCAACAGCAGCAGCAGCAACAACAACAGCAGCAGCAGCAACAGCAACAGUCUCCUCAUGCCAAAAACGACGCGAGUAACAAUGCUAAGUUUAGUGUGAAAAUCGUGCAGGAACUUGAGUUUAGCACCAGUGAACAUCAGCAUAACGCUCAGAUCUCCACCAACCUGACUCUCACGUCGGUCAACACGUCAGUGCAGAGCGACGUGACCACUAAACAGUCGGCAGGUGGAGGCCCAGGCGCUGGUGGUGGUACUGUGCCCACUGCGUCUGGUGGUGGUGGAAUUCCUGCAGGAAGUGCAGCGGGUGCAGCCGGCCCGCCGACCGACCACCCAAUGCAUGAAUGUAAGCAAGAGCAGCCGGAUCUGAUGGACUUCCCGGGCGACGGUGACUUGAAUGACUUGUCAUUCAUAAACAAUAACACUAACGAACCCAUGUUAGAUGUCGAUACGGACACGUUAACUGAGAUCAUAUCCGAUCUCAACAGUGAAGGUAUCACGCCGGCCGACUUCAACCAGGUGGAUCUGUGUGACAAGCGGUCCAUUAAGACAGAACCCGAUGCUAGGUGCACACCACCGGUUAAGUCGCCUUACGAUCAACACCACCAGCAGCAGCAAGUACACCAACAACAACAUCAACAACAGCAACAGCAGCAACACCAGCAGCAGCAACGUGGCGUUGUUGGAGGUGGUGGCGGCGGCGGCGGCAACAAUAAUUAUUCAAAUUGUGUGGCCGCCGAGACGCUAAAACAAUUAGCCGAACAACACAAUAACCAGCAGCAAAGGCCGGAAAAGUGCGGUUACGAUUUCCCUUACCAGUCACCCGGUUCCGUGCCCGACUUUAUACACUCGCCCAGCACUCCUGUGGGUACUCCCAACCCGAACGGUUAUAACAUGAUGUCACCGGUUAACUCAAUGUACCACCAGCAGCAGCAACAACAGGAAAAGCAGCAGCAGGAAAACAACAACUAUUACCAUCCUCAGGAACCACCCAAGCCCAGGAUGAAGCAACAGCAGCAGCAGCAGCAACCGCAACAGCAACAACAACAACCACAGCAACAGCAACAGCAACCGACGGUGGCGACACAGCGACAACAGAAACAACAGUUGCCACCGCCACCCACGUCACAACAGCAGCAACAACAACCCCUCCAGUCGCCACAGUCCCGGUACAACCAGUAUAACGGUCACGGAAGUCCUCAGUAUCCCGUGUCGGCGGCCCGCAGGAUUACGCCAUCGCCGGGUGCAGCCUCGGCGGGCGUCCUGUCUCCGCAGCAGCCCAACGCUGCCAGCCCGGACGUAGUGACCAACUCGUUCCAAAUGGCCCAGUCCCAACAAGUGCACGUCAGUCAACAAGGCCAACAACAGGCUUUUGGUCAAGGACAGGCCAUUCAAGACAGACUUAUGACCAACGCUUCAGUCGCUUCGACAACAGCGCCAAAUUGUGGUGCUUCCAUUCAGCAAUAUUAUAAUAAUACGAAUUGUGGAGACAAUGGACAACAGUCUUAUAUGCAUAUGACUCAGUCACAGAGUAUGACAUUUUCACAACAGCGUGCCAGACUGCUUAGUGCAGGAGCUAGCCCAACCAAUAUUCGACCACCAACUAAUGUACAGCAGCCCAAUAUGAAUAAUGAACAUCACAUGUUACCUCAGCACAUGAAUAGGACACCUAACCAGAUGAAUAUGAUGGGUCCUGGUGGAUGUCGACCACCUCCUCCUGAAUACAAACUAAAUGUUGCCCAAAAUAUGGGUAUGUGCCAAACCCAGUUUCCUGCACAAGGAUACAUACCAUCAGCACGGCAGUCUUUACCUCAAGGCGCUCAAUCUAGACGCCCUAUACAACAGCAACCUAUUCCACCUUCAGGGCCUAUGCUACGAUCACAAAUGGCUAAUACUGGUGGUGGAGGUCCAAUGGCUGGUGGCUAUGAUCGUAAUAUGUCAUCAGUUCAAAGAAAUAUGAUGUAUCCAGGCUCAGGAAAUCUUCAACGACCACCAAAUGUCACACCUAGUUCAGAAGCAUUUAACAGUGAUUGGCAACAACUUUUAGCAGCAAGACAACAACAACAACAACAACAGCAUCAGCAACAGCAACAACACCAACACCAACAACAGCAGCACCAACAACAACCACAUCAACCACAUCAACAACAACAACCUCAACCACACCAGCACCAACAGCAUCAAUUUAGACCAACAGUUUCCCAAGCUUCAAUUGGCAAUUUAAACCAAGCAGGUAACACUCCAGUAAACAAUAUUGGUGGAGGUUACGGUGGUGCUAAUCCAAAUAUUAAUACAUGCCAAACGGGACCGAACAAUGUUCACUUGAUGGCUGGACAAAUGCAGCACAUGUCCGCCAGAAUGGCUAAUGGACAGCAAACAAUGACGCAGCAGCAACAUGCCAAUAUUAGUAUGCAGUCACAAAACAAUCAAAUGUCAGUAAAUCUUCAUAUGUCCCAAGCGAUGAAUGUUAAAAUGGGUGGAGGUGGCCAGAGUCGUAUGACCAGUAAUGCACAGAUGGUUUCUCAGCAAUCACAGCAACAACAACCUCAACAUCCAUCACAUCCACAACACCCUCAACACCCACAACACUCUCAACAUCCACAGCAUCAUCAUCAGCAACAACAACCUACACCCCAGCAGCAUCCGUCCAUGAUGCGAACACAGCAACAACAGUCGUUCACCCAACAGCAACAACAGCAGGCAACAAUGAAUACUGGCAAUCCAUACCAGCGUAACAUGGCUGCUGGCUACGGAGCAAACCCACAUCAACAGCAGUACCAGCCAACAAGCACAGCAAUGCAACCUGCACCUGUUGCAAAUCAAACAGCUAUGCUAAAUACUAAUAAUGGAUUACCGCCUCGUAAUUCAUUUAGUCCCAGUGAUUUCAAUUUUGAUUUCCUUGAUCAGCCACUCGCUAGUGAUAAUAAGAAUGGUUUUAACAACAAACAACAAACGUUUGGUGAUUUUAACUUUGAUUUCCUUGAUGCUCAUUAAACGUUUUUAUAGUAUUGUGUUAGACACUGAUACCUUAAUCUAGAUCGAUAAUUAAUGCCUGUGAUAAUGACUAUGAACUCGAUCAUAUUGUUUUUUAAAGUUGCACUACGGCCAAUGUAGCUUAAAUCAAAACUCAUAAUUUUUAUUUUAAAAUGUUAGUUUACUUUAACUAAGUAAAGUUUAAUUCUUAAGUAUAGUUUUUAAAACAUUUCAAUAAAUUUGUUUAUGAUUCAACAAUCGUUUUUAAUAACCAGUAUAAAGUAUGUUGUUCCAGUGCAAAGUCAAAGCUACAUAGGCUGUACAAAAUAACUCUACUAUUAGCCUAAAAACUUGAAAGACAUAUUAUUUAAAUUGUAUUUUAUAACUAUUUAGAAAGGUAAAUGUCAAAUACGACAUUUUGUUCCUACUUCUCUUUUUCUUUCUUACUUUGUUUCUACUGUACAACUUACAUACAAAAUUAUAUUGUUACCACUCAACGAGUUAAGGUAUUGAUUUAUGGGAUGUCAACAGCGCAUAUAUUGUCAUCUAUAUUUUACUUAACCUGGUACAAUGCUAUAAUUAAUUAAUUGUAAUGUGUAUUUUGAAAGAGGUACCGAGUAGUUAUUAUUCAAUUACCACCUUACACAUUAAAUAGGUCAUUAUAUUAGUUGUGAACAUGCAACUAAAAUAAUUAACCCAAGUUACCAAAUGAUGGUCAGCAAAAAAUGAAAAUACUUAAUUUUGUGAAAUGAUAUUGAAAAUCCUUAAAAAAGAUGAAAAAAUACCCAUGGGGGGAACAACCUCGUUUGAUCUCAACUAGUUAUUCUUGCAUACGUUUCCAAAGCGAGUGGCUCCCUGAUGAUUUUCUUCUUUUUGUUUUCUUGUUGUUUUUUUUUUUUCUGUUUUUGUUGCCAUAACAGCAAUUUUACAACAUUAGCUAAAAGUUUGUUUAAGGUUUCAGUAAGGAAACCGCCCUGUGAUGGUUUUCUAAUAUAAAAAAACAAAUAUAAUAAUUACUUGAGGUUAUUUUUAAAAAUAAAUGCGCCCAAAUAAUUAAAUUAUUUAUUUAUUGUAAAUAAUAAUAAUAUGCUUUUGAACAAAUAAUAAUUAUCAUUAUUAUAUACAAAUAUAUAUAAAUAUUUAUAUAUAUAUACAUACCUUUAGAAUUGUUUAAAUUAUAACCAGUUUGGUCUGUAAAAUUAUUAUUAUUAUUAUUACUAUUAUUAUUAUUAUUAUUAUUAUUAUUAUUAUUAUUGUGUUGUUGACAUAAAAUUUAAAAAAAAAUUUAAACAAAAAAAAAAAAAAUUAUAUAAUUUAUGUAUGUAUGCACAUAUAAUAUAUUAUUCAAACUAUUUGUUGUAUUAUUAGUAAUUUUUAGUUGCCGAUUGAUAUUCUAAAAUACCAAGACUGAAUGUUCAACCAGUGGCUAAACACACAAAAAAUAUUUUUCAUUCUUUAACAAUAAUUAAUAAUUAUCAUCAAAAUUAUUACUAUAUAAGUAAAAAAAAAAUAUUUUCUGUGUGCUUUGCCACUAGUAUUCAGCCUGUUGAUGAUUUUUUUCUUGUAAAAAUUUCCAAAAUAAUUUUUAAUACUAACACAAAUGCAAUAAAAAUUGAGUGUAUGUCUGUGUGUGUGUUUGACAGUUAAUUUCAUAUUGUUUUCAAUUAUUAUUCGGUGCCCAAUUUUUUAUUUUUAUACAACAUAAUGAAGAAUAUUUUUUAAAUGUGUGUAAUACCAAGCAAAAAAAAUAAAUAUUAACCAUAAAUUUGUUAUGUAAAGUGUUUUUUUGGUUUUAAAUGAAACCUAAGAAUAAUUUUUUUUAUAUAUAAAUAUAUAAUAUUGUUGAGUCAAUUAGUCUGUAGUACCGUGACAAUUAUGAACACCAAUUUGUUUUUUAUUUUUUACAUUGUAUUACUUAUAUUAAUUUUAAUUAUUAUUAUUAAUUUGUUUUUCGUCUUGUGUCGCUUACCACAGUUUAUUUUUAUUGUAUGAACGUAAAACUAAAAUCUCGUUCUAGACGUAUAAAAAAAAAAAAAUAAUAAUACCACUGACAAUCAUUAUUAUUUUUUUUCUUUUUAUAUUAUAAUUAAAGAAUUUAUUAUUUUCAACAUUUUUCACUCUCUAAUUUUUUUGUUUAAUUUUCUUUUAUUAUUAUUAUUUUUUUCCUGGUGCGCUUUCUUGAUUAUUAUAAACUAAAUAAAAAAUAUUAAUAUUAAAAGCAUAAUAUUAUAUAGUAAAUUAAAUAUAAAUAAUUAUAUACAUUAUAUACACAUACAGACAUAUAUAUGUAUUUAUUAUAUAUGUCUGUGUGUGUAUGUAGCCUAUCAUUUAUGCUGUUAUAUAGAGAGUUAAGGUUUAAUAAUAUUUAUAUAUCACUAUUAUUAUACAUUUAUACCCGAUUUAAAUUGUAAGUUUAAAUUAUAUUUAAAACAAAAACAAGAUUUCAAUUGUACUAAACAUGCAGGAAAUCGAUUAUGAUUAUAUUAUUACCUUGUACAAAAAUUAAGAAAAAACAAAACAAAGAUAAUUGGUUUUAUGAGUAAAAAUGAAUGAACCGAGUUAGUUACAAUUGUAGAACAAAAUAUAAUAAUAUAUGAACAUUUUAUAUUAA